AUGUUUCAAACAUUUUGGAAUACAAUGACUUGGAGUGAGAGGAAACUACAUGUACAGACUCUGGUGCAAUGUGAGAAUGUUAAAAGAAGAAGAGGGCAGCAAGAAGUAUCGAAAAUAAAUUAUUCUACUAAAUAUUUUUUAAAAUUGGAUUUGGAAAGAAUAAGGGUUUGCAAGCAACAUACGAGUAUGCCCAGCGCAAACCCUGCUACUUUGAGUAAAGUUGCGGAAGUGCGCUCUGGAACAAGUGCAUGGAGCACAAUGCUGUCUCCAAAGGCCCCAGAGUCGCAGGCUAACAAAAUAGAUCCAGACGAUGAAGAUGUAAUGGAUGAAACACUUCCUCAACCUGACGUCAAAGCGGGCCUUAGUGGAGGACCGAAGACAACGUUAGAAACUUCAACUGGUUCUAAAAGUAUCCAAGGACGGCAUACAUCAGGUUUGGAUCAGUUCAAGACUUUUGGAGAGCUAGUAGGACUGCGUAUUAAAGACCUCCCAUCGUCAAAUGCUCAGAAAAUUGUAAAACACCUUAUUAGCAAUAUUCUGUUUGAAGCUGAAAUGGGCAAGUACGACUAUGGCAACCCAUUGAGCGGAAAUUACUCACAGCCUUUCUACCCAAUACCGAACUAUGUACAACAACCGAUUCUUGCCCCGAUGCCACCAAACCCAAACCCAUAUUUUGAGCAGCCGUCUUUUCAUGGACAAACACAAGCAACAACCUCUCCACAAUUAGCCAUGAGUCCCACGUAUUCAAUCCUUACGGAGCAUAUAAACAACUUAAAAGAGGAACAUAUAAUCGGAAAAAGAGGAGAAGCAAAAAGAAACACUCAACGAGCAGCGUCUCCUAACGGUCUUGAAGGUGAAGAUGGUGCUAUUUAG